GUGUAGUGAGCUGCAAAGUAAGGUGGAUUCAAUUUCACAACAAAAUAGCGUGGCUUUAGACGUUGUUGGCAGGAAGAAGAUCAAGGAGACCAUAUUGGCUUAUGCAGUCACCACCAGGUUUGCUGCAAAGAAGCUUUCAAAGGAUACCCUUUCUUAUGGUUCCUUAUGAAGGUGUUAUCAUGGAAUUUGAGGGGACUAGCCUCGUCGUGCCCGAGGCUACGUGACAUCAUUAAGCACCAUCAUAUAGAUUUAGUAUCUAUUAUUGAACCUAUGGUUGGAAGAGAUAAGGGGGGUUAUUUUAAGCAUUUGUUGGGUUUUACAAAUAUCUUUAUGGCUUCUUCUAAUAAAAUGUGGUUACUAUGGAAUAAUCACACUUUUGACAUUUCACAAAUUUUGGAGGAUGGGCCCGCCUAACGAAAUGGAUAUUUUGGGCUUUUGAUCCGGGUAUUGGGCCUGCAGCCCAAUAUCCUAACACGAGUCCCCCACUUCCGAUGUCUCGAACGGUGGUGAUUGCAUUGGGAAGUAGAAGUUACCUGCCGAAUGGCGAUCGGGAUCCAGAGUUUGCUGAUUCCCCAUGCCACGAUUAGUACCCUUUUCUGCGGCUGUCUUUUGAUUUUUUCCAUAAUCGUCAUGAUUACUGGCUUUUGCCUCUCCAUGCGACACAUGUUAUUGCAAAUGGUUCAAGUGACGUGUCUUUAUUUGAUUGGUAUUCGAUAUGGCGCUUGUAGGGCUAUAAAUUAGCUUUUAGCUCUUCGAAUCCGGGUUUCAAAUUUUCAAUCUCUUCGUGCCUUAGCUCUGCCUUUUCUCUCAACCCCUUCAAUCUUUUCGUGUCCAGGUAGUUCUCAUCCCUUAAUUCUCUCUUUUCUUUGAUCUGAUCGAUAUGAGUUCUCAAUUGCGUUUCUAUUCAGAAAUGGCUUCCCAAGGGGAAGACCAUGAUGUGGAGGUUAUCACCGUCCCUUUUGUUGACGGCUCCGAUGCGGCGACGGCGGAGACUAGGGCGGAGACGGAGGAUCCCUUCAGUCGUUCUUCUUCCUCUGGUGAAGAUUCCGACGACACCAAGUCUGAUGAUGAACUCGCUUCUAUGGCGGCCGGAUGUUCAAGCGAUUUCCCUCGUCACAUGCUUGACCUAAGACUGAUUAGAGAGAGGCAGCAAAAACUGACUUCUCACAACAGGGCCGAAAUCCCGGCCCUAAUCCCAGACCCAGUGGACUUCCGAUUGCAAGCUAGGCUUCACCCAAUGCGCCAUACCCCUGGGAUGGUUGAAGUCCACUUCGAUUCAGUUAGGGCUGGGCUUAGGUUUCCAUUGCAUUCCUUUUUCGUUUCAUUUUUCAAUUUCUACGAAAUUGUACCGGCCCAAGUCAUGCCGAACUCCUAUCGGGCAAUGGCGGGCUUUAUUUGCCGUUGUAAAGAUGUCGGUGCCUCGCCGACCCUAGAUUUAUUUCAUCAAUUUUUUAAAGUGGCCCCCCAACAAACACAUGGAUAUCUGGCUACUAGUGCCCGAACGGGACAUAUCCUGUUUAAGGGGAAUCCGACUUCAAUCAAAGGGUGGAAAGAUCGGUUCUUCUUUGUGUCUGUCCCGGACGGCCUGAUCCCUCGCAAAUGGAAUGCCUUCCCUCGCAAAUCUCCCGAUCCAGUCCUUACUGAGGAAAUUUACAAGGAUGUGUUCGCUGUGGAGAAAGACAAAUGUUGUGAUAUCAUGAGUUACUUGACUCCCGAUCGGCUUGUCGAAGCCGGGAUAGGUACUGCCCGUUCUCUUGGGUUUACUUGUUUUGAGAAUCAAGUGCCAUGGUCCGGGCGGUCCUUCCCGUGCGAGAAACGUUCUCUUCUUCUUUGUUUCCCACGUGAUAAGGCCGCUCGGUACUAACAUUUUCCUUUGUUAUUUUUUAGCUCCCAAUCCAGAGGCAUCAAUGGACAACAGUCGUGUUCUAGCAGCCGGUGGGGUCGAGAAACGGAAGAAGGCAAGGAAAAUCCCCCAACCCAAUCCUUCCACCACCAUUGUUCCAGAUGUCGGGUCUUCUCAACCCGUUCAGGAGCCACAACCGCUUCAACAGGUCCCUCAUCAGGAUCAAUUUGACGCUAUGCUGAUCGACGAUCGGUUCGGAUCUGAUCAGCUGCAUCAAUUCUCUAAGCAUUUCCAGGCUGCUCAGGAGACUAACAUGACUGCAGGUGAGACCAACAUCAUCCACCUUUCUACGCAGGUCGAACGGAUCUCUCUGGCAGAUCCAGUUCACGAAAUGUUGGAGAAGGCUGGUUCUCUUGCAAGCCAGAUUUGGUCCACUUCUUCGUGGUUCAACAAUUUUUCCGUUCCUAAGAUGCCAGUCGAGCAAUCCGAAGAAUGCCUGGCUUUGGCAGCUCUGAAGGUUAGGCUCUACAGCCUGCAGCUGAGGGAGGCUCGACUGGCUAAAGAGCGGGACCUGAUCGUCGCUCAGACCUCUGCGGAGCAGAAUGCAGCUGAUGCCUUUGCCGCUUUGGAGACUGAACGGAAGGCCUCCGUGGAGGAGAAGCAACACCUCGAGUUAGAGCUUGGUGAGCUCAGGGUCCAGCUCGGGGGCUUCCAAGCCAAAGUCUACGCUGUUGAAGCUACUUUGGUGAGGUUCGAAGAGACCGCUUCCCGUAUCCUGGACGGCCCUGCUGAGGUGAAGGUUGAUCUGUCCGCCGUCCGAGAGGCAUUUAAAGGGUCUGAGCAGUUUGCUGCUCUGAAGAAAGAUUAUGCGCAGCAGGAACUCCCAGCCACCUUCGGUGCUUAUCUCGAUCGAUUCUCCACGGGUGAUGCUCGCCGCAGCGAAGGGGUUAAGCUGCUCGACCAGGAUCCAAGGGGCAAGAAAUUCAAUGACUCUCUGGCCCGAUCUCUUUAUGUUAUGGGCUGCCAGCAUAUCCUGGCCCCCUUUGUGGCCAAGCUGCAAGAGAUUCUAGGGAGGCCGAUCAAGCUUACCGAUCUUCCCCAGGUGCCCAUCGUUGAAGCCCAAUUUGAGAAGUAUCAAAGGGACUUACAACGGGUUGCUGAUCGUGAAGCGGGGAGAGAGUCUGAUCCCCUUACUGAUUCGGAUGAGGAGGAAGGCGAUGAAGAAGAGAAUAGAGAGGCCUCUGGCCAGUAAAUUUAGAAUUUCGUAUUUUAGCAACUGUAAUCCCUUCCUCCUUCUCCUUUUUUUCAAACCACAUUUGUACUUUCCGGUCGAUAGAGCCGAUGAAUAUAUAUAAGAUCUCUUUUGCACAAAGCUUCACAUAUUGUUUUUCUUGCCUUUAUUGAUUUAUUGCUUACCAUUCGGGGUUCGGUCCGUUUUAUAGGACUUAGCAGUUUUUCUAACCUCAUUUUUUAUCAUUCUUCCUAUAACCGU